UCCAUACCGAGAUAUCCAUAGAGAAAACGCCAUUACGAGGAGCGCUCAACGCUACCCCGAUGGCCUUCAUCACCGAGCCUCCUGCGCCGCACUCGCCGCUCAUCCUUGCAGAGCCCGACACGUCGCCAGGCCCGUUCGAGGGGCCCGAGAAGCUCCUCGAGGUAUGGUUUGCGCCGUGUCCUGACGCUCUCCCGAGCCCAGCGACUAGUCCCAUCAAUGGCGCCUCGACCUCGCAGCACCAGCGCGAGGGCGUCGCGCCCGACGGCAAGCCCUUUUUGGGCCUGCGCAACGUCCCCCGCGCCGUGUGGGAGGAGAUGCUCGACAUUGUCAAAUGCAAGGUCUUGUCCGUCGUUGAAGGCGACGAGAUUGACGCCUAUUGUCUGAGCGAGUCGUCCAUGUUUGUCGCCCCCCACGUCCUCAUCCUCAAGACGUGCGGCACGACGCUCAACCUGUACGGACUCCACCGCAUCAUCGACAUUGCUCGCCGCUACUGCGGGCUCACGACCGUGUGGCGAUGCUUUUACUCGCGCAAGUCGUUCUUCUUCCCCGAGCUCCAGCAAGGACCCCACCGCGACUGGAAGGAAGAGGUCACCUUCCUCGACAAGCUCUUUGGCGCGACCGGAUCGGCGUACACUGUCGGCCCGAUCAACCGCGACCACUGGCUUCUCUACCUCACGGCUCCCAACCAAAAGGCGCUCCGGGCUGUCGAUGGCCCGGAGCGUCCGCUCGCGCUCCCUUGCCCCAGGGCAGCCAAGGGCGACCAGACGCUCGAGAUUCUCAUGUCGCACCUCUCCAACGAAGGGCGCGCGCCCUUCUUCGUGCCCGAGGGGCUCGAGGGCACGUCUGGUCACAAGCUCGGAGCCGACAUUAGCAGACGGCUUGGCAUUGACCAGCUGUUCCCCCAGCACGAGACGGUGCUCGACGCGUUCGGCUUUGAGCCGUGCGGAUACUCGUCCAACGCCGUCAUUGGCACUGGCAUGAGCGCGACCGGCAACGACGGCGGCUACUUUACCAUCCACGUCACGCCCGAGGAAGGGUGGUCGUACGCGUCGUUCGAGUGCAACGUCCCGCUGCCCGACAAGGACGAGACGGCGCAGGGUGGCCGCCCCGACCUGCGGUCACUUGUCCGCCGCGUCGUCGACAUUUUCCAGCCCAACCGCCUCAGCAUCACCCUCUUCGUCUCGACCGAGCGCGACCACGAGACGACCCACCAGGACGCCUGGUCGGCCAUUGGCGGCGACCUCGUGGGCGAGUUUGACCGCAAGGACCGCAUCGGCUACGAGUUUGACGGCUACGACCUCGUGUUUGGCUGCUACGAACGGCGUGGCUGGGCCGAACCUCCGUCGCCCAUUGUUGCCUCCAAGGCCACCUUCCCAUGACAUCGACUUUUAAUGAUAAAGGAAAGCGAGGGGGUGUAGAUAGAGGGAGGGGGGGUGUUGUGUAUGCAACCUUUUGGUGUGACCGAGGCGCGGCCGCGAGCGCAGCGAGCGGCGAGCGGCGAGCAGUGGAGCGAGCAGGACCUCACCUCCGCCUCUCCGCAUCAAUCGCAAGCGGCUUGCUUAGUCCUCGACCCAUCCCCGCCAACCC